CUCGCCUCUGGCUGCUCCCUCCGCCUCCUCCCCGCCCCGAGUCCCCCGUCCGCCAGUCCUUCCUUCCCCUUCCGUGCAUGAUGGAAACACCAUGGCUGCGGCGGCCCAACUCUCGCUGACACAGUUAUCAAGUGGGAAUCCUGUAUAUGAAAAAUACUAUAGGCAGGUUGAUACAGGCAAUACUGGAAGGGUGUUGGCUUCUGAUGCUGCUGCUUUCCUGAAAAAAUCAGGGCUUCCAGACUUGAUACUUGGAAAGGUUUGGGAUUUAGCCGACACAGAUGGCAAAGGUAUCCUGAACAAACAAGAAUUCUUUGUUGCUUUGCGACUUGUGGCAUGUGCCCAGAAUGGAUUGGAGGUUUCACUGAGUAGCUUGAACCUGGCUGUUCCUCCACCAAGAUUUCAUGAUACCAAUAGCCCUUUGCUCAUUAGUGGAACUCCUGCAGCUGAGCUCCCAUGGGCUGUAAAAAGUGACGAUAAGGCCAAAUAUGAUGCAAUUUUUGAUAGUUUAAGCCCAGUGAAUGGAUUUCUUUCUGGUGAUAAAGUGAAACCAGUGCUGCUGAAUUCUAAGUUACCUGUGGACAUCCUUGGAAGAGUUUGGGAGUUGAGUGAUAUUGACCAUGAUGGAAUGCUUGACAGAGAUGAGUUUGCAGUUGCCAUGUUUUUGGUAUACUGUGCACUGGAGAAGGAACCUGUGCCAAUGUCCUUGCCUCCAGCCUUGGUGCCACCUUCUAAGAGAAAAACGGUCAGUAUAUCAGGCUCAAUGCGGUUGAUCCCCUCUUCAGCAUCAGCCAAGGAACCUUACCACUCCUUACCACCUGUAGGCAUUUUACCUACCAAAGCUCCGUUAAGACAGUGGGUUGUAUCCCCUGCAGAAAAAGCUAAGUAUGAUGAAAUCUUCCUGAAAACUGAUAAAGAUAUGGAUGGAUUUGUGUCUGGACUGGAGGUUCGUGAAAUCUUCCUGAAGACAGGUUUACCUUCUACCUUACUGGCCCAUAUUUGGGCAUUAUGUGACACAAAGGGCUGUGGGAAACUUUCAAAGGAUCAGUUUGCCUUGGCAUUCCACUUAAUCAAUCAAAAGUUAAUAAAGGGCAUUGAUCCUCCUCAGAUUCUUACUCCUGAGAUGAUUCCACCAUCAGACAGGGCCAAUUUACAAAAGAACUUCGUAGGAUCAAGUGCUGUUGCAGAUUUCUCUGCCAUUAAGGAGUUAGAUACCCUUAACAAUGAAAUAGUUGACCUACAGAGGGAAAAGAAUAAUGUGGAACAGGAUCUUAAGGAGAAAGAAGAUAAUAUUAAACAGAGGACAAGCGAGGUUCAGGAUCUUCAAGAUGAAGUUCAAAAGGAGAAUACUAAUCUGCAAAAGCUACAGGCCCAGAAACAGGAAGUACAGGAACUCCUUGAUGGACUGGAUGAGCAGAAAGCCCAGCUGGAGGAGCAACUCAAGGAAGUCAGAAAGAAAUGUGCUGAGGAGGCCCAGCUGAUCUCUUCUUUGAAAGCUGAACUAACUAGUCAAGAAUCACAGAUAUCCACCUAUGAAGAAGAACUAGCUAAAGCCAGGGAAGAGCUGAGCCGCCUACAGCAAGAAACAGCAGAAUUAGAGGAGAGUGUGGAGUCAGGGAAAGCUCAGCUGGGACCUCUUCAGCAGCAUCUGCAAGAUUCACAACAGGAAAUCAGCUCAAUGCAGGUGAAACUGAUGGAAAUGAAAGAGCUGGAAAACCAUAAUAAUCAGUUAAAUUGGUGCAGUAGCCCACACAGCAUUCUUGUAAAUGGCACUACAGAUUAUUGCAGCCUCAGCACUAGCAGCAGUGAAACAGCCAACCUUAAUGAGCAUGCUGAAGGCCAGAGCAAUCUAGAGUCUGAACCCAUACACCAGGAGUCUCCAGCAAGAAGUAGUCCUGAAAUACCACCUUCUGAUAUGAUUGAUGAAAAGGAAGUGAUGACUGAAGCUGAUAAUGAAAACCUUUGUUCUGAAUUUAAUGAUGACAAACAUUCAAAAGAGGAAGAUCAUUUUAAUGUAGACUCAAGCUCACUGACAGAUCCAGUUGCAGAUACAAACUUGGAUUUCUUUCAGUCUGAUCCUUUUGUUGGCAGUGAUCCUUUCCAGGAUGAUCCUUUUGGGAAAAUUGAUCCAUUUGGAGGUGAUCCUUUCAAAGGUUCAGAUCCAUUUGCAUCUGACUGUUUCUUCAAGCAGUCUUCUACUGAUCCUUUUGCCACUUCAAAUCCUGACCCUUUCAGUGCAGCCAGCAAUACAAGUAAUACAUCGGUAGAAACAUUGAAGCACAAUGAUCCUUUUGCUCCUGGUGGAACGGUUGUUGUUGCAGCGAGUGAUUCAGCCAUAGAUCCCUUUGCUUCUGUUUUUGGAAAUGAAUCUUUUGGAGAUGGAUUUGCUGACUUCAGCACAUUGUCAAAGGUCAACAAUGAGGAUCCUUUUAGUUCUGGCACAUCAAGCUCUGUCAGCAAUGUGGUCAUUACAAAAAACGUGUUUGAGGAAACAUCAGUCAAAAGUGAAGAUGUACCCCCAGCACUGCCACCAAAGAUUGGAACUCCAACAAGGCCCUGCCCACCACCACCAGGGAAAAGACCCAACAACAAAUUGGAUUCUUCUGAUCCCUUUAAACUGAAUGAUCCAUUUCAGCCUUUCCCAUGCAAUGAUAGCCCCAAAGAAAAAGAUCCUGAUAUGUUUUGCGAUCCAUUCACUUCUUCUACUACUACCACUACCAAUAAAGAGGCUGACCCAAGCAAUUUUGCUAACUUCAGUGCUUAUCCCUCUGAAGAAGACAUGAUUGAAUGGGCCAAGAGGGAAAGCGAAAGAGAGGAAGAACAGAGACUUGCCCGACUGAAUCAGCAAGAACAAGAAGACUUAGAACUGGCUAUUGCACUCAGCAAAUCUGAAAUAUCAGAAGCAUAAAGAAUUCUCAUGUCGUUUUUCAACAGUACUCUUACUUCCUGAAUACUGAAGCUAUUUACAAAGUGUAUCAAAACUACCUGUAAGCAUGGGGAUACAAAAGAUUUGAGAUUCCUGUAAAUGUGACAAAGUUUGUUUUUUUACUCCCAUUUCAGGUUUGUCUUUUUUUUUUUUUUCUGUAAAAGCAGUAACCAGUCAGACAACUUCACUUAGGCCCCUGUUCUGGUGUGCAUUUACUGUCAGCUUUUGACUGCCUGUGCUACUUUUACUUAUAAAGCUAGAGCACCCAAACUUCUGCCUUCCAGAAUAUAAAGAAGAAAUAGUUUCACCUCUAUGCUACCCUUGUUCUGUGGUUAUUCUGAUGAUAGCCAGUGGGGUCUCUAAGGUUUGCAGUAUUCUCCCUUGAUGUGGCUGGUUGAGGGGAAAGGAAAGAACAUCCUAUUUCUUUUUUGAUGAUGCAAAUUGGCUAGUUAAAAUCUCAUGUCUGUAUUUCCUUAUAUUAAAAGUAUUAUUUAGUUUGUUUUAUAGGGACAAGGAAAAAUUUUUGCAUAGAUUUACUCAGCAAUUAAAAAAGAGAUGCUUUUAGUUGAAGCUUUUAUAGCCUCAGAUUUGUUCUUUUCCUAAAAAUAAACAUUAAAGCCUCAUGUGUGAAAUAUUUUGAAAAAAAACAAUUUCUCUGGAUUCAAAGAAUUUUAAACCAACAGAUACCUCUCCAAAUGUUUGCUAAUUUAAAAAAAUCAGUUUCUUACAUAUCAAAUUUGUAAGAAAACAUUCAUUUUAAGUGGUCAGAAUUUAUCAUCUAAAAUAUACCCAUCAAACCAAGGUAAGCAAAAAUCUUAACAUGGAAGCCACUGUGCCUUUGCUAUGGCACUGUCCUCUUUGGUUCAUGAUAGGAUUAUUUUUGUGCUUUUGCAGAAAAAAACAAGCAAGUUAGAACUGGAGGGUACUUUAAUUUUUCAUAUAUUUUUUUUGUUUUCCUUAAUGAAGGCUCAGUUACUUGACUUGAAAUGUAAAAAUUUUCACUGAAUACAAAUGGAAAUGGUGAUAUGUAUUAAAUCGCUUGUUUUGUUUUUUUUUUUCUUUUGGUCCGUCUUUGUGGUUUAAAAAUAGUUUAUUUACUCUCGUCAUGUUUUUCACCUAUAAAAUUGGCAAACUAACAAAAAAAUUCUUGACUUUUAAUUGGGAUAAAAGAGACCUGCCAAAGUAUUAAAUCUCUUCAUGUUAAAAGCCCCUCUCCUGUAAAACUGACCCUAGCAGGUAUGCUGAAUUUCAAGUAGACUGUGAAAUGACUGUAAAUUGAAGAAAAUCUUAAUUUUUUUAACACUUAAAAUCUUAAUUUUUUUCAUGUGCUGAUUUAGAUAAUGUAUUUAAUACCAAGAUAAAGAAAAAUGCACUUAAAAACUGAAAUUCUCUGGUGUCAGCAAGUUAAGGUGGUAUUGAUUUGUGUUAAUUCAGAGUAACUUGCCCAGCCCAUAAAUAAAUUCCAAAAUAUCCAAUUCAUUUCAUCCUGAAAUAGUGCUUUUUUUUUCUCCACGCACAAUUGGAUUGCUGCAGUUCAGAACAAAACUUAAACCACUUUAUUGCACUGCUACUUUUUUCUACUUUUGUAAAUAGAAACAUUUCAGCAUAAAAGUCAUAUAUGUGAAGCAAGGACUGAAUCAUCAUCACGAGGCUUUAAUUUUGUUAAACUAAUCCAGUGACCUAAGAAUAUAUACUGCAAAAGUUGAUUGGGAAGGUUAUUGGGAGUUAUGAUAGGUAGUGUGUUUUUUUUUUUUUUUCUUUCCCUUACUCUUCAGGAAAAAGGUAAGUUGACUUGAACAACCUUCUUUUGCACUGGGAAAAUGAAUAAAUGUUUGAAAUACUUUUAAAUAAUUUUUUUAAUAAAAACUCUGGAAAAUAUUAAAGAUCUAUAACUUAUAUUUACCAACUUUCAAUGUCAUAAAUGUACCCUAAUCUUAUGUAUGUUUAACUGGAAUACAUAGAUUAUUAUCUUUUGUUAAAAUAUGUAUACUCAGUGGACCAAUAUAAUAUUAAAGUAUGUAUAUAUUAUAUAAAUAUAUCUGUAUCUCAUGUUCACUUGUGUAGGAUGAAUGUCUUAGAGUUGUUUGUGAUGAUAUUUUACAUUGUUGACGCUGGCUCCAAAACCUGUGCUUGAAAAGGACAGAUAAGUAUUGCUGAGACCUAAGUGGCACUACUUACAAAGUUUUAACUAUCUUCUACAUACUUGUUCACGUUGAUUUGGGCUCUCUUUAUACAAUUUUCUCUGUUUCAGACUUCCACAUUGUAGCCUAUAAUUAUGAGAACAAUAAACUUUAAGUAAAUAAUAAAACAUCCUAUCAUACAUCCUAUUCAAAAUGGAAUUUUGCACAGUUCUCUGAUUAUAUCCAUGCUAUGUCCAAGGGGGGUAGUCACACAAUGAGUACAGAUUAAUAUGUAUAAAGCUGGUAUAAAAUAAAUGCUCAAUAAAUUUUA